AUGGAGAAGGAUGGCACCUUGCCCUUCCUGGACACGCUUGUGAUUCGACACGACGAUCAAUCCGCAACGACCAAGUGGUACUCCAAACCCAUAUCGUCCGGCCGCCUACUCAACUACCACUCGUUCCAUCCAACAGCCAUGAAAAUGAACGUAGCGAUGAACUUUAUGAAACGCGAUGAUGAACCGCAUUACCAACAACAAUGCGCCUCCACCACCCACUUGCCAAAGACCACCCCACCACCACCGCAUCGCUCUCCAUCACCGCCAUCCCCAGAACCACCACCUCCUGCGCUGCCACAAAUCACCCCAACGUCAACACUGCUGCUGCCAUCUCCGCCACCUCCGCCACCUCCACCACCACUACAGACACCGCUACCGAAUCCAUCCCCACCGAAUGCUACAAAUCCACCAACAGAACAACAACAAAUUAACAGCACGCAACGAGAUCAUCAUCACCAAGUCACAGAAGUCCUCUAUCGAUCGAUGCCAAACAUCCCAACACUGACCCGUACCAUCUCCAUCAUCCUGAAAAAAGAUUAUGAUCAGGUAAAAAUAGCCACCAGAAACAUCAAAACAACAAAAUCCCUGCUAAAAACAAUCAAAGACCCAGUCCCCCCAAAUGAUCAACAUAACGUUGUCUACAGUACUCCAUGCAAUAACUGCGAAGGAGUCUAUAUCGGAAUGACUAGCAACCAACUCAAAAAGCGAAUGAGCGGACACAAAUCAGAUGUAAACAAGAUUGUUAACACACCAACAGACAUAACUCAUGCAAAAACAGCUCUCACACAACACAUGAUCGAACACAACCACACCUUCAAUCUCGACGGCACAAAAAUAGUAGAUCGCACUUUCCGAUCAACCGCCCUACCAAUAUUAGAAAUGUGCCAUAUACAGAACACAUCUAAUACCAUAAAUUUCCGCACUGACGUAGAUGGCCUCAAUACAGCCUACGCUGGCAUAUUGCAUACAAUCAAAAAAGCCAACUCUCGCAGAGAGCAACCUAGCAAUAGCACACACAGCACACACAAUUAAUGUUAGAUCAAGUUCUACGGAUAAACUUUAUCCAACUACACGAAAGCUCUACCUUGUUUCACCCGCCAUCUUUGAACCAACCGUUGAAAGUCAUAUUGUAAUAGCACAGUCCAGGUCGUUGAUAAUAGGUGUGUCCAGUACAGUGUCCCAAAACCAAAAAUUAAAUAACUAUUUCGUAAGUCUUUAAAUGUGAUAAAAUGAUAAAUGUCCCUAAUAAGUGUUAUUUUAGAAAACCUAGGCAUACAAGAAGCACGCAAUGAUACUCUCGGCAUUACAAAAUGUAACGAAGAACGACAGACAGUGUAGGUGUAGUUUUAUGGUUUUAUGUUAUGUUUUCCGUUCUAUGUUAUAAUACCAAAAUUAUGCAUUCUAUUUUAGUUUACCCUUGAAAAAGGCCAAAUACACAAGGCCGAAACGUCGGGCAAUACAAAACCAGUCGUUUAGAAUUUCCCUAGACUGAGAAAGCCAGUUCGAAAUCAUAAAUCAAAUUCCAGUCGAAAUUCACGAACAA